UUCUCCUUUGUUCUCUACUCUCAGUUCUUCUCUGCUAUCGGUUGCAUCUUCUUUGUUUUCUAUCUCGUCUUGAUAUGAGUAGGGGAAGUGUGAUAUGUUUUAUCGAUACAUGACUAUCAGGUCCUCCUACAUUGUUUCUGCCUGUACCCUUUUAUAUUUAUUAAAUUUCUCAGUAUUCUAUGGUGAUUCUCAAAAAUAUUUCAUGUUUUAGAUUUAGAUGACCAAUACUUGGAGCAUUCUUUGUUUAUCCAAAUUUUCCAAACAAUUAAAUGAUGUUUUUAAAAAAUCUUUAUCGAUAACUAAUCGUAUAAGUUUGAUUAAUAUUUACUAUGUUUUGUCGCCUGGAGGAGUUCUUUCCACUCCUGUCUCUACUGUUUAUCAGAAAUUGGUUAAAAAGAUGCAAGAUAUAGUUGUACCAGAUACUGCUUUAUUGUAUCCUCUUCCAAGGAAGCAGUUUUUGGCUGAAUUAUGGAUUACCUCUGGGAAGCUGUUGGUGGUUCUUGAAUCUUCAUUAUUCAUUGAGGAUGUACCUCAUUCGGUAGACUUUCAAAAAGACCUCACGAUCGUAACUGAAUACAUAGCCAAUGGUGGGCGUGUUCUAUUGAUUUUAAAUACGACGGAGGUGAAUAAUUACCCCUCAUCGAGUCUUGCUCAUUAUGCUUUACUUUCAAACGAAUCUCCUAGUCUGUUUGAAAACAAUUAUUCAUACUGGAAAUGGAUGUAUAAAGAUUCGAUUUUAACUGGUGGAUAUCAUCGCCUGGAAAGUGAUAAUGAUAAGGAGGUUGAAGUUCAAAAUGAUCAACCAUUAAUUGCUAUUCUCAGUAUGGAUUGUUUGAAAAUCGAAGCAACACGUUUGGAAAAUGCGUUCAACCUUCUUGGGAUACCGUGUGUACCUUGUGUUGAUCUGGAAGAUAAUACACAUGAUAAACUUCUGUCUAAUUCCCUAUCCUCAGUUCACUUAUCUGAUUCAAAGACUUUGCAUUGUUUUACACCGGACUCUGAGAAAAAGAAGAUCGUUAAUUUUCUCAUUAAGGAAUGUUCAACGAAAUGCAAAAAAGAGAUUUCCUAUUGUUCUACUCUAUCUGAUCUUCCAUUGGGUUUCAACUGGAUAGAUUAUUUUUCAAAUCUUCAUACUGAACAUUUAG